AGCGCUUACCAUCAAGCUUGCACUCCAUACUCGCUCCAUAAUACUAUCGAGAAACUACUACUCAGGAGACAAACAGAAAGAUUGAACUAGUUCCGCACAUUAAUGAUCAACCUUCCAGUGCGCGCCAUUACAGCGCGUACCGUCCAACGGCGGCGAUACCAUGUUCGUCGUGCACCGUUGCCACCGUCUGCUGAGUCUGCUCGACUUCUCGACUCGUUCGCAGCACAUCCGCCACUUCCCCUAACGCUCUCAGCCCUCGUGUCCUUCGGAAACCCUUUAAUACCUGCAUCUGUGCUGCGCUCAGUAACGUACGUACUCUCGGAGAUACCAAGACGUAUGGCCCGGCGCGUCCGCGCCCUCGAGGGGUUACCAUUCAUUGUUGGUACUAAUCCAUAUGUUGCACGAACUCUCAACGGUCACAGAGACAGCUUUAAUGUUCUCGCCACUUAUCCCGAAGUGCGCACACUUGAGGACAAUAAACAUUUUGUCGAUGAACUAGAUAUACUCGUGCAGAGACAUAGAAACGAUAUACCAACCAUGGCCAAGGGAUUCCAAGAAUGCUCGCGGUACAUGUCUCCGACUCAAAUAUCCAACUUCCUCGAUGGUGCCAUCAGAUCUCGCAUCUCUGUACGCCUGAUCGCUGAACAACAUAUUGCGCUCUCACACGCACUUGCCAUGGAUCCCGGCGCCGCAGAGGCUGGCGUGCUCGUGCACAAUGGUGUCAUUGAUCCAAAGUGCUCUCCCGCAGAGAUGGUCCGCAUGUGUGGCGCAUUCGUCAGCGAAUUAUGCGAGGCGACCCUCGGCGCAAGCCCCAACAUUACGAUCGACGGGUGUCCAGAAGCUACAUUCGCCUAUGUCCCUGUGCACCUUGAAUAUAUCCUCACCGAAAUGCUCAAGAACGCGUUCCGCGCCACCGUAGAGCACCACCACAAGCUUCAUGGUCUCGCUUCAUCCCAUCCCCUACCACCUGUACAAGUCACCAUCUCACCCCCCACACCACCACAUCCAUUCCUAUCAGUUCGAAUUCGCGACCAGGGCGGUGGGGUAUCAGCGUCCAACAUGGCUCGUAUAUUCUCAUACGCUUUCACUACUGCGGGGCACGCCGACGACCAGAAAGAAGAUGGUGGGCCGUAUGCCGCACAGCAUAUUGGUGGGAGCGCAGCCAUUGGGAGUGGCAGUGUAGGGGAAGGCGGGAACCUUUUUGGCGAGAUUACAGAGAAGGGUGUCCAGGUGGGCCUUGGAACAAUUGCAGGUUUAGGGUACGGGCUCCCUCUGAGUCGGUUAUAUGCAAAAUAUUUCGGUGGCUCAUUGGAUCUAUUUUCGCUUGACGGGUGGGGCAGCGAUGUCUUUAUUAAACUUAGGUGUUUACUAGACGAUGCAGGUAACGCCGAGAUAUAGAUCCAGUGGACUUAGUAAUGUUUAGCUGUAUUUCACACCCAACACUUGUUACUUUCACAAUCGUGUCUCUGAGCAGCUAUAUUACUUGAGUGUUUGCCCGGCGUCCUGUUGGCAAUAAUUAAUGCCUGAUGGCUUAAAUAUGGG